AAAUUAUUAUUCCCCCCUUUCUCUCUCUCUCUCUCUCUCCAAUUCUGCCUUCCCCUCCUCCUCCGUCUGACCGUCUCCAUCUCCGUCUCCCACACGGCUGUUCGAUCCGCCGUCCGUGUCCUCCGCCUAUCCAUUUGCCGGGUCACGGCAACGGUUUCUUGACGCCGUGACGGGACGGAAAAUCGAACGCUUGAAAUUGUGACGCCAAGGUCACGGGCGCUGAGAAGAUCAACGCAUCGUCUUCCUCACCCCCUUUCCCUUUUCCCUUUCGUCACAGCGCCAUCUCCACUCGAAGUGAAAAAGAAAAAUCGAUUCCUUUCGUAGAUUCCUUCUGUCUCAAGCAAAUUUAUCCUUUUGGAAAGAUUUGUCGAUUGAUCGCGUUGCUAAGCUUCUGGACUGCUGCGAUUCGACGGUGCUUCUGCCUCGGCGAUCGACUCCAGCGAUUCCGAUUCUGAUGCUAGAAGCGGCGGGGUUUUGGAAUUAGGUCCCAUACACUUAAGUUCCUUGUGAAUAAUUGAUGGCGGAGACGAGGCGGUUCUCAUUGACUCCUCAAUUGGAUAUGGAGCAAAUACUUUUGGAAGCACAACAUCGCUGGUUACGUCCAGCUGAAAUUUGUGAAAUACUCCGGAACCAUCAGAAUUUUCGUAUUGCACCGGAACCACCAAAUAAGCCAUCUAGUGGAUCUCUUUUUCUUUUUGAUCGUAAAGUACUGAGAUAUUUUAGGAAGGAUGGCCAUAAUUGGAGAAAGAAAAAAGAUGGGAAGACUGUGAGAGAAGCUCAUGAGAGGCUGAAAGCAGGAAGUAUUGAUGUGCUUCAUUGCUACUAUGCUCAUGGAGAAGAGAAUGAAAAUUUCCAAAGACGAAGUUAUUGGAUGCUGGAAGAGGACUUAAUGCAUAUUGUUCUGGUUCACUAUCUUGAAGUCAAGGGUCAUAAACCAAACUUCAGCCGGUCUAGAGAUUCUGAAGAAACUCCCCCAGUUAAGCCUAUAGAUAGUCCUGUUCGUUCAAAUUCUAUCAUAAGUUACAGUCAGAUGCCUUCCCAAGCAACUGAUGCUGAGAGCCACAACAGUGCGCUUACAUCAGAAUAUGAGGAUACUGAAUCAGCAGAUAAUUAUCAAACAAGUUCCAGAUACCACACUUUCACUGAGAUGCAGCAGUAUGGUGCUGGACAACUGAUGAGCGCUCAAUGCUUGGACCCUUGCGUUCCAGAUCCUUCCAUGGAUAGUCAUAGCAGUUUUCAGGUAAUAGAUAAUAAACAAUGUCAUUCUGUUCAAGAGAAUAUGUUGGAUGAAAUAGACCUUCGAUUAGCAUUCAAGGGGUCUAAAUUACAGCUUGAUCCAACAUCAUGGGAUGAAGUCUUGGGGCACAGUGCCAGAACAUUAGAGAUGCCAAGUUUUCAGUCAUCACUUCGUUUUACAGAGCCUGUAAUGGGGGAAAGCGACAGUAGAGUUGAACUUUCAACAUAUGGGAAUCCAUAUGCUGAAAAUCUUAGCAACAACCAAGAUGUAUCGGCUUUGUUGGGUAAAGCAUGGCAGCUUUCAACUGUUGACUCAGAUUCAGCUGUUAUACCAAACAUUAAUGUGGAUAAUGAGACAUCUGUGGAUGGAAAUGCUGACGGCACUCCCCUUUUGAAGCAAAUAUCAUUGGACUUCUCUAGUUUAGAAGGAGAAGGCCUAAAAAAGUAUGAUAGCUUCUCAAAAUGGAUGAGCAAAGAACUAGGAGAAGUUGAUGAAUCACAUACAAAAUCCAAUUCUGGAGCCUACUGGAGUGCUGUUGGCAGUGACAAUGUAGCUGAAGAUUCUAGUAUUUCAAAUCAUGAGCAUUUAGAUGCAUAUAUAAUGCCCUCACUUUCACAAGAUCAGCUUUUCAGUAUAAUUGAUUUCUCUCCAAAUUGGGCAUAUGCUGGCUCUCAAACUAAGGUUUUAAUUACUGGGACAUUCUUGAAGAAUAAAGAUUUUGGAAAAUGUAAAUGGUCAUGCAUGUUUGGGGAAGUGGAAGUUUCAGCUGAGGUUGUUGGAGAUGGAAUUCUUCGUUGCCAUGCUCCGCCAUACAAAUCUGGGAGGGUUCCUUUUUAUAUUACCUGUUCCAACAGGUUGGCCUGUAGUGAAGUGAGGGAAUUUGAAUUUCGUGACUGUGAUUCCUCCUGUGUGGAGAAUAUGAAUUCUGGAAGUAAUAAAUCAACUGAAAUAAAUCUUCUUAUCCGUCUUGAUAAGCUGCUGACUCUAGGACCCCUAGAUUGCCAAAAGGAUGCAGAGAUCCUUGCAGAGAAAGUUGAAUUAAGAAGUAAGAUAAGUGCAAUGAUGGAAGGUGUUGAUGAGUGGUCAACUCUGCUUAAGAUGAGUAAAGAAAAGAGCUUCUCUGUUGAUAAUGCAAAGGAUCAAUUACUUGAGGCUUUAUUGCGUGAAAAAUUGCAUGCUUGGCUUCUACACAAAGUGUCUGAAGAUAUCAAAGGCCCAAAUGUGUGGGAUGAGGAAGGGCAAGGCGUCUUGCAUUUAGCAGCUGCCCUUGGUUAUGAUUGGGCUAUAAAACCAACAGUGACUGCCGGUGUAAAUAUCAAUUUCAGAGAUACACAUGGGUGGACUGCCCUUCACUGGGCAGCAUCUUGUGGCAGGGAGCGUACAAUUUGUGCCCUUGUUGCAAUGGGUGCAGGACCUGGUUUGUUGACAGAUCCUACCCCUGAGUUUCCUUCUGGAAGAACACCUGCAGAUUUAGCAUCUGCAAAUGGCCACAAAGGCAUUGCUGGAUUUCUUGCAGAGUCAUCUUUAACUAGCCAUCUUUCUGUUCUCACUAUAGACCCAAAGGCUAGUGAUUCAGACUUUACUAGCUUCAUAGGUGAUGAAGAUGUUUCUCAACCCAAUGCCCCUGAGGUUGUUGAUGGAGACACCCAGGCUGAACUGUCAUUGAAGGACUCACUGAGUGCUGUUCGCAAUGCUUCUCAGGCUGCAGCUCGCAUCUAUCAAGUUUUUAGAAUGCAUUCAUUUCACAGGAAUAAAUUUGCUGAGUAUGAAGAUGACAACACUGAAAUAUCAGAGGAGCAUGCAAUUUCCCUCCUAACAGUCAAGUCACAGAACUCAGGAUUGUAUGAGCAUGAUGCUGCCAUUCGUAUACAAAACAAGUUCAGAGGAUGGAAAAGGAGAAAAGAGUUCUUAAUUACUAGGCAACGGAUAGUCAAGAUCCAGGCUCAUGUACGCGGUCAUCAAGUGAGGAAACGGUACAAAAAAAUUGUGUGGACAGUAGGAAUUUUAGAGAAAGUCAUACUGAGAUGGAGGCGUAAAGGAAGUGGGCUACGUGGCUUUCGAUCUGAAGCCGCUUUGGAGGGCACUAGCAUGCAAUGCCAACCAGCUAAAGAGGAUGAGUAUGAUUUCCUGCAUGUAGGUAGAAAACAGACGGAGGCUAGGCUGGAGAAGGCACUUGCGAGGGUUAAGUCCAUGGUCCAAUAUCCAGAAGCUAGAGAUCAGUACCGAAGGCUUUUAAAUGUGGUUUCGGAAAUCCAAGAGUCCAAGGCUACACAAGAACACAGUUUGAAUGAAUCAGAGGAUGCUGCUGACUGUGAUGUGAUGGUUGAUCUAGAUGAGCUAUGUGAAGAUGAAGCAAUGAUUGGUGCUUAAUGUGGUUUCAAUUCAAUUAUACUAUGCAACUUGUAUGAAGUGCUAUUAUACAAGAUGAUCUGCUAAAUCUAUAAUAUUUGACCUCCAUCAUGUAGCUGAUUGUUGAACUAACUAAUGUUAUAUUGAAAGACUCUAAAAUUAUCA